GGGACCCUCGGGUCUGAAGGCUCAGGGUCCUGGGUAAAAGCAAAGUGAAUCACACCCCUUGGUUCACUGCCAUUGGAGUUUGGGUUUUGGAAGUUUUGCCUGGAAUUUCAGAGAGAAUUCUGUCACUUUUCCACGUACUUUUUCAUGGGAAAGAGAACUCGUACUGGCAGAAGAGCUCUCCACGGUGAGUUAAGAUUUCCAACCCUCUUGAAGCUCAAGUGUCUGCUGUGCCAAUUUUCCCUUUGCUGGGCCACCUGCUCUGCAUGUCCAAUACCACCCCGCACAGACGCACCUUGUCUUGGCUCUUCACCUCUGGCAUGCGUUCCUCAUUUUAAAUGUGCAAGAACUGGAGAGAAGAGAACAUAAAUGCCUGGAGUUUAUGAGCACGACAAUGGCACCAAAGAUCCAUCAGCUCUGGGAAUGGUCUCCAUAGAAGGUGACGACACAAUACCCAGCAAAAAGCAGCUCUGCCUCGGCGAGGGAUCUCACACAGAGCUGUGGCAUUUAGGUGCUCAGGAAGUUGGAGUAGGGGCAUAUCCGUUGUGGAGCUGAGCCAGCCCUGAAGACCAUGAACGUGUCUUCUGAGCAUUGCAACAUAUCAGACUGGCUGGGGCUGGAGGCCUCCGUGAAGGCCUCCGUGUAUUUGGUUGCUUUCUCCUUCGCCACGUUCAUCACUGUCCUCAUUAUCACAAUAGUGUCACGGGAUCUGAAACUGAGGAAAGAGGUCCGGUACAUCCUCCUCUGCCACCACCUGCUGUGCAUCUCCUCCUACUGUGGCCUGGGGGUUAUUUUCCAAGGAAUGCGGGCCUUGCAGACCCACAGCCCGCUGCUGAUAUGCUGGGCGGUGUUUGGGGCACAGCUAAGUGUUGGAGAAGGGAUUCUCUUCACUUUGGCCCUGAUGGCGCUCAACACUUACCUGGCCAUUUGCUGGCCACUGAAAUCUCUGUCCUUCACAGGUUCAGUUAAGUACAGGAUUCUGGCUGGGACUUGGACGACCAUACUACUCAAGAAUGUGGGCUUAUUCCUCAUUGAGGUCACUAACUCUAUCCCUGUUGCCGUUUUUAAAUCGGAACCCCUUUGCCCGGUGACCUUGAAUGGCAUUCCGGCCAGAGCCACGGGCAUGGUUUUCCUUUUCCUUCCUUUAUUCAUCAUUCUUAUAAGUUACUCUCUGAUAUUCCAAGAAGGGAAACGGGCUGGCCAUUUCAAUAGGUCAAACAUCAAGGCAAGGAAAACCGUUCUUAUUCAUUUGGUGCAGAUAAGUUUACACGUAUUUCCAACUCUGAUCAUCAUAGGUUUAGGGAAGAGGUGUGGGGUGUCUUUCUUUGCUCUAAAUCUGGUGCUUUUUGGUGUCUUUGCAUUUGCCCAGUGUUUUAACCCGCUGGUCUACGGGCUCCGGAACAGAGAGCUGAGGAUCAGGUUGUACCGGGGCAUGUGCUGUUGGCUGGGCUUUGGUCACACAAAGAGCAGCAGAGGGCCUGUUUAAACAAACUCAGCCACUUCGGAUGGAUGGCUCCAGUGCUAACGGACACAGCAGCAGGGGCCGGGGACCUGCCUUUGACGCAACCCCAAACUGGGAUCUUUAUUUGGUUAUGCAAGUACUCUGAGUAAACCAAAGGUAUCCAUUUGGCCUGCAAACUCUGCCGCCACAUCCACUCAACUGGCCUAUGUGAAAUCAUUUCAGUGCCUUUAAUUCUAGACUGAGUUCAGGGCCUCUGACAGCCUCCCUUCGGUGAAUCCAGGCCUAUGGGGUAGCUCUGAGGGAGACGUGGAAGGGCCCAGCAGCCAGGGCAAGAUGGCAGGGAGGAGGUGGGGCAGGGCCAGAGCAGAGGAGCACAGAGAGGGACUUCUGAGGAGGCCAUCUGCUGGACGGGACUGUGGGGACCCAUUGGGACAGACACUUCUGUACUCAUGCUCCUAAAAGGGGGACCCAGUAGAAAAAAUAAAAUAGACACAUGAACAGAGGGGGCACCAGUCAAUAAUAGUGAGGAGCGAGUGGACGGGGAGGAGAUAAGGAGAGGAGGAAAUUCCAGCGACCAUGAAAAACCAAGCCCAAACUCCCCGCUGGAUUCCCAGCUCUGGGAUCCCCUCUCUGGAGAAGCCUAUCUCUGCAUCUCUCUUGCUUUUACAAUAAACUGACUUCUUGCUUGCUAUCUCUGUCCUGUUCCUCAAUUCCUUGCUGAACAGAGACAGUGAACCCAACUCCCCUAGACCAGGGCAGCUCUGCAGUCAACAGUCUCAUUAUCUUCUGCUCUGCCACGAUCUGCAUACUACCUCAUGACACAGAAUGGCUGUGAGUGCAUCUGUCAUUGCACUCACACUCCAGCUAAUAAGGAGGAAGGAGGGGCAAAGAAAGGAUUGGACCCUUCUUCUAAAGACACUUUAUAGGGGUUCUACAAAACAUCUUCUUGCUUCUAACUGGCCAAAACUUCGUCAAAUGGCUAUGCCUUGCUUUAAGAAAGGGUGGGAAUAAGCUUUAGUUGGGAAGCAGUGUCCCCAGCUAAAAACUGGAGUUCUUUAUACUAUAAAAGGAGGGAAGAAUAGGUAUUGGAAGGCAAAAUUGUUUUCAUUUAUUUUUUUCUGUACUGGGGAUUGAACUCAGGGGGACUCAGUCACUGAGCCACAUCUCCAGCCCUAUUUUGUAU